AUUGGGAUUAAACAAUUUAUUUUACUGUUAAGGUGUCAUGGAAAAACUUGGUCUUGGUCCGAAGGUCAUUCUACAGGAAAAUCCAAAACUCAUCUAUGCUAGACUUACUGGAUUUGGCCAGUCAGGAAAAUAUGCCAACUCUGCAGGUCAUGACAUCAAUUAUUUAGCUUUGUCAGGUGUGCUGUCGAAACUUGGUAGAAAAGAUGAAAAUCCUUAUGCACCAGUAAAUCUUCUGGCUGAUUUUGCUGGUGGAGGUGUAAUGUGUGCAAUGGGUAUAAUUAUGGCCCUCUAUGAACGUACAAAAUCUGGCAAAGGGCAAGUAAUUGAUGCAAGUAUGGUAGAAGGAACGGCAUAUCUAAGUUCUUUCCUGUGGAAAUCCCAGAAUUUAGGCCUGUGGAAUAGACUUCGUGGGGAGAACUUGCUGGACAGUGGAGCUCCUUUUUAUGAGACCUACAAGACCUUAGAUGGGAAAUACAUGGCAGUUGGGGCCAUUGAGCCCCAAUUCUAUGAGCAGCUAAUCAAGGGAUUGGGGCUGGAUUCAGAUAAGCUUCCCAGUCAGUUGAGUUUCUCUGACUGGCCUGAAAUGAAGAAAAAGUUUGAAGCUAUAUUUUCCAAGAAGACACAGGCAGAAUGGUGCAGGAUCUUCAAUGGCACUGAUGCCUGCGUAACACCUGUUUUAUCUUUGGAUGAUGUUGCCUUACACCAGCAUAACAAAGAGCGUGGAUCUUUUAUCAAAAAUGAUCAGGAAGAGAUAAGUCCUAGGCCAUCUCCUCUUCUUUCAAGGACUCCAGCUACUCCAUCUCCCAAAAGGGAUCCUUUUAUAGGAGAACACACAGAAGAGAUACUUCUAGAAUUUGGGUUUACCAGGGAAGAGAUUGCUAAACUUCACUCGGAAAAAGUAAUUGAAUUCAAUAAACCAAAAGCUAAUUUAUAAUAUCUAGACAUGCAAAUUAGAAAGGUUUCAAACUAUCAUAAUAAGAUUUUAUGCAUUAAAGGAAUUACACGAAGAAAUGUGAAUGUAGCAUCACGUUUUUGGGGUCAGGGGUGUUACUGUUAAAUUAAUGUAUUAAUUGAGGAUUACAUAUACAAACUGUACUUCUGGAUUAGAAUGCCUUAAGAAUGAAACCACUGAAAUUUUUCCUGGGGGCAUUUGUUAUGAAAAGAGCAACAAUGUUUGCUUGUUAUAAGAGUUUACAUCUUUUUUUAUGUUUCCUUCAGAAAGUAUAUGAAAGGAAAUGCGUGAUUGUUUUAAUCCUUGCAUUUUUAAUAUAUGCUGCUAUUAACCGAAGGCAAUGAUUUUUAUAAAAUCUUGUAAUAUUUUAUAAAUGGGUUGAUGUGUUGUUCAUUUAUAAAUUUGAAAGAAAUCUCUUAGCUGGUAUUUUCUCAUUAUUGGUAUAAAAUUCAUUUGCAUUAUCAUCCCAGAAUAUAUAUUAAAAUACCAUUAUUUUGGCAUGAUCUGCUUAUAGUAGUAUAUGGCAGAGCAGCUAUACUUCAGCCUGGCUAUAUUUCCAUUGCAUAGUUAGUCCCAUGACUAUUACAUUUGGAGUCUUAAUUUGGCUGGAAAAACUGCUCUGGGUUAAAAUUUGAUAUAUUAGUGUCUGCCAAUAAGCAACCCUUCUUUAUUCUGUAAAAAUUUGAAAAUGGCUACAACUAUGUGAGUAAUAAAGUUUUUCUUUAGAUUCGCUUUCAAUAAAUUGAGAGAUUCCAAAGUGA